AUGAAUGAGAUAUCAAGAUCACCAACUCCGGCGAACAAGAAUGGCUUAUCGGGUUCAUUCUCAUCGUAUGUGUCGACUAAUGCGACGACUAUAGGCAACUCCAGCGGCUAUAACAUAAACUCUAUCGGCAUUGAUGUAUUUGAAGACACGGACAGCGAUGAAGAAUUUGACAGCGCUCACUUAAGCGCCGCAUCUGAUGCAAUAUCUGAUGUCAAUCCCAAUACCAUUUCAAUCCCAGCACCCACUGUCACUCAACAAAUAAAUCCGAAGCUGAUGCACGUUAUCAACAAACUCGGCAUUGAUGUGAAUGAAAUAUCAAGUGCACAAUCUUACAAUGAUCUUAACACUAUCGCUAAUCAGUACAUUGAACGAAAUGACUUUAUAAUCAACAAAUGUGAAAUUUUUCUUGAGGAAUUGAAUAUCGAAGUGAGUGGUAUAAUAAAUUGCAAGAACAUUCGCAAGACAGCAAAAAGGUAUAAGAAUCGUGUGGUGAAAAAUACAGGUAAAUUACAGUACUAUCAGAUCAGAUUUGGGGAAAUAUCUGGAUUCAGUGUUGAGGAAAAUGUUAAAUUGAUUGAGGCGUUCUCAAAUAUCAGCUUCAAGGGUGAUUCGAAGCUGAAGAAGAGUUAUGUUCAUCGCUGGGCUGUCAUUUUGAGCGAAUCUCGAGAUGACACCCUGGGCACAAGGCAUCCAAAAAGGGAUAUUCACAUGGGGAACAAGGUCAAGAAACCGGUCAAAAAGAUAAAGAACGCCUUUACAAGAGAUGUAUUUAUCGACUGUCGUUUCCACAAGCCAGUUGAGAUAGAGCGUAUAUUCCUCAACGCACAGGGCCUUUGA